AUGGGCGCGGGCUGGGAGCUGGGGACCGAGGCGGGUCGCUCGCUGCUGAUGUGCGCCGCGCUGCUGCUCGCGGGUUGCGCGCUGGGCCUGCGCCUGGGCCGCGGCCGGGGGCCGGCGGACCGCAGGGUGCUCGCCUGGCUCUGCUACGACGCCCUGGUGCAUUUCGCCCUGGAAGGACCUUUUGUCUACUUGUCUUUUGUAGGAAACAUUGCAGAUUCCGAAGGCUUGAUUGCCUCAUUGUGGAAAGAAUAUGGCAAAGCUGAUGCAAGAUGGCUGUAUUUUGACCCAACCAUUGUAUCUUUGGAAAUUCUGACUGUUGUCCUGGAUGGGUCUCUGGCAUUAGUCCUCAUUUAUGCCAUAGUCAAAGAGAAGUAUUAUCGGCAUUUCCUACAGAUUACCCUGUGCGUGUGUGAAUUGUAUGGCGGGUGGAUGACCUUCUUCCCAGACUGGCUUAUGGGAAGCCCCAACCUCAACACCAACAAUUGGCUCUACUUUGGGGUCUAUCUGGUAUUUUUCAAUAGUGUGUGGAUUCUAAUGCCAGGACUGUUACUGUGGCAGUCAUGGGUAGAACUCAAGAAAAUGUAUUACAGAGGAACCAGUUCAGGGAAAAAGUUCCAGUGAAUUUUCAAAAUCGCAGAUGCUGGUAUCUUGCUUUAUAAGUCAGAAUGGGUCAAACCUUUUUGGCUGGUCAAAAUGUAAUGCAUUCCUGUGUACACUUUCUUUUUCUACUGUUGCUCCUCAACAGCCUAUUUCAAAUUGAUUGUAUGGUGGCAAGUUUUCAUUAAUUGUUUUUUGGGUUUUUUU